UGCUCACAUUACAUCACUGCAACUUCAGUAGCAGCUCCAAGAAGUAAAUAUUAAGGGCUGGCUGUGCUCACCCGGUCGCCCCCUCUCCUGAGUCCUGGCAUUCCUGUGCCCCUGGGACCAACUGGGCUGCGCCGAACAGGUCACUCCCUCUCCUGUGGCCUGUGUUAUUCCCGUAUUGAGCAGGUCACGUCCAAUCCCGGGGUUGCUGGCGUUCCUGUGCCACGGAGGAGCUGCAGGACGGAGCUUACUGGCACCUCCAGUCAGUUUUUAAACAGCAGAGAGAAUCUAACAGCCUUGAAGACUUCUGCAGCAUCACACACAGCAGUAACCAUGCUACAGAGAUGAAAUGAUAGUGAGUCUUGCCAGUGUAUCCCAUGGGUCCCACACAGCUUGCUGCACAGGAUCAUGGGAAAAGGGUGGCAAGUGUAUUUGAAAUGGAGGAGGAAGGGUUUUCACUCUUCCAUGGCUUGGAGAUCCCCCACGAGCAUGCAGAAAAUCCACCCCUGAAGCGGAAGAAGGGUCCAGCCCCCAAGAUGCUGGGGAAUGAAGUGUGCAGUGUAUGUGGGGACAAGGCCUCAGGCUUCCACUACAACGUGCUGAGCUGCGAAGGCUGUAAGGGCUUCUUCCGCCGCAGCGUCAUCAAGGGUGCCCAGUACGUCUGCAAGAACGGUGGCAAGUGUGAGAUGGACAUGUACAUGCGCCGCAAGUGCCAGGAGUGCCGGCUGCGCAAGUGCCAGGAGGCAGGCAUGCGGGAGCAGUGUGUUUUGUCUGAAGAACAGAUCCGGCUGAAGAAGCUCAAGAAACAGGAGGAUGAUCAGGCUCGGACAGUGGUUGUGCGCCCAACCCCCCCAUCUCCGCCCAACCCCCCCUAUAAACUGACACCUGAGCAGUUGGGCAUGAUAGAAAAGCUUGUGGCAGCUCAGCAGCAGUGUAACCAGCGCUCAUUCACAGACAGGCUCAAAGUGACGCCAUGGCCUCAGGCUCCAGACCCUCAUAACCGUGAGGCACGGCAGCAGCGUUUUGCUCAUUUCACUGAGCUUGCAAUCAUCUCUGUGCAAGAGAUUGUGGACUUUGCCAAACAGCUGCCCGGCUUCCUGGAGCUCACCAGGGAAGAUCAGAUUGCUCUGCUGAAGACAUCCACCAUAGAGGUGAUGCUGUUGGAGACAUCCCGGCGCUACAAUCCAGAGACUGAAAGCAUCACCUUUCUGAAGGACCUGAGCUAUAAUCGGGAUGACUUUGCCAAAGCAGGCCUGCAGUUCGAGUUCAUUAACCCUAUCUUUGAGUUUUCAAAGGGAAUGAAUGACCUACAGCUCAACGAUGCUGAAUAUGCACUUUUAAUCGCCAUCAACAUUUUCUCUGCAGACCGACCAAAUGUGCAGGAUCAGUCCCUGGUGGAGAGACUGCAGCACACCUAUGUAGAGGCCCUUCAUUCUUACAUUUGCAUCCACAGACCAAAUGACCAUCUGAUGUUCCCUCGGAUGUUAAUGAAACUGGUCAGUCUUCGGACUCUAAGCAGUGUCCACUCCGAACAAGUUUUUGCCCUUCGACUACAGGACAAGAAACUCCCUCCCCUGCUCUCAGAAAUCUGGGAUGUGCAUGAAUGACUAUGUGCUCCCAGGGAACUGACCUGCUGAAGUAACACCACCUCCCAUCCCUUGCUAACAAGAAGCCAGCCUCCCCUCUCCAAAGCACUGAAUUGGAGGCUGGGCUGGGCAGUGCAGAGUGAUGAGCCUGUGGUUUCUCUGAUGUGAUGAGACUGUGCAUAAGGCAUCUGGGAGAGAUCAGAUGUUUUUGUAAUCUUUGAUUUAGUGCCUCCUAGAAAUGGGAUCAUGUGUGAAACGCCUGAAAAUGCUAGAGAUGAACAUCCCACCCCAAAUGUUUCUUCAGUGUCUGUCUUUUUUCUAAGUACGUGUUCUGGGGUUUUGCCCCACCUUCCUUUCCCUUCUCAUUGAUUCUGAAAGUGAAUUUGCAGGAACUUGUUAAAUGUUCACUGAGAGCAUCCUAGCCCCAAAGGCUUCCCCAGGAUUCUUAGGGGAAGUUUAUGUCGAUGUGCUGGGGGUUUUCUUGUAUUCCCUGUAUUUAAAGUCUCUAUGAUGUGCUGCCCUUCACAAAGAUUCCCAGAAAAGAGGCUGUUGGUGGCAUUCCCUCUUUGUGAAGCUUCAUUUCUAGAGCUGUCCUUUCAUUCUGGCCCUCCUUUGGCAAGUAGAUCCCUGGAAUGUGCAGUGCCAUUUACUGAAAGUUAUUCUGUGGACAUCUUUUAUGUACCAUAGAGAAACCAUGGAUCAUCUAGCUGGUUUUUUUUAAUAAGGUUGCUUAUCAUUAUAGUAUCUUUUGGUUUGCUAGCAGGUGAAACCAAUGACUUUAAAAACCAUGGAAUAGAUUUUAUGUUGGGGUUUGUGGAGGAGAAGAGAGAGGAAUGGAAGCAUCAGUGUCCGGGCAGUAGAGGUGGUGGAAGUAUAUCGAGAACCACCAAAAUUUUAGUAUAUUUAGUGGGUUCCAGUGAGAGUGAAGAUUAUCAGCUGGGGACUGAGAAUGCACUAUAUUUAUAGCAUAUUAGCAGGCAUUGCCUAACCUAUGGGCUGCACAACUCUCUCAGAACCCUGUCUGCAGGAAUAUUGAGCAUAACCAGCUCUGUCCAAGUGUUCUCCCUUAUGCUAAAGGUCUUUCCAAGUGUAUGGUCAUUUGUUAGUGAUUAGUGGGAUGUGGAGGUAUCUCGGUGUGAUGAGUACCCUCCUGCUCUUGUAUAUGAAACAGGGUUAAAAAAAGAACUAGAUAAAUUCAUGGAGGAUAGAUCCAACAAUGGCUAUUAGCCAGGGUGG